GUUCCAAUAGCGAAACCCGGAAGUAAGCUUUAGAAGAAGGCUGCCCUGUAAGGCGAGCACACGGCAGGACGGGGAGUGGGAGUGGGAGUGGGUUCCUUUCUUCGGCACGUCGGACGUUCGUCAGAGUCAAAGUAGUUUUUUUUAAAAAGUAAAGUUCGCGUCCGUCAUGUUGGCCCGUCGUGUCCAAGGGGGAGUCGUAGCGGUGUGAGGCGCUGCUCGUGGCGCAGACACGGACUCUGCGAGGCGGUGAUAUGUGAUAGCAGCAGCAUGCCGUACGUGGACCGUCUGAAUCGUGUGUGUGGCUUCUUGGAUAUCGAAGAGAAGGAGAACAGCUGCCGUUUCCAGAGGCGCUACUUCAUCCUGGAUACGCAGGGGAAUGCUUUGCUGUGGUACAUGGACAACCCUCAGAACCUGCCCAGUGGAGCAAGCUUUGUUGGCAGCCUGAGACUAACGUAUAUCUCCAAGGUGAAUGAAGCGACGGCAAAGCAGAAGCCGAAGACAGAGUUCUGCUUUGUCAUCAAUGCAGUAUCCCGAAGGUACUUUCUCCAGGCCAAUGAUGUGAUGGAUAUGAAGGACUGGGUCGCUGCUCUCAACCAGGCCAGCAAAAUCACUGUUCCUAAGUCUGGUGCGGCAUCUUCAAGGUCCCAUGUGUCUGCAAUUGUCAGUGACGUUCAUGGUGGAAAGAAGCAGCACGCGUACAAGACAGAAAUCAUCGGGGGAGUGGUAGUGCACACUCCUAUUCAGAAUGAAGCAGAGGACACUGAGAAGAAAGGCAUCAAGCCUGGUGUGCUGAGGUCCAGCUACUGUGUGAAGCAAGGCAAUGUUAGAAAAAGCUGGAAGAGACGCUUUUUUACCCUUGACAACAACGCGGUCAGUUACUACAAGUCUGAGAUGGAUAAGGAGCCUCUGCGAGCCAUUCCCCUUCGGGACAUUCAGAAGGUCCAUGAAUGCCUCGUCAAGUCGGGUGAUCUGCUGCUGCGAGACAACCUGUUUGAGAUCAUCACUGGAUCCCGAACCUUCUAUGUUCAGACAGACUCUCCAGAGGACAUGCAUGGCUGGAUCAGGGACAUCGAGAUGAAGAUUCAGGAUUUCAGAGGCCCCCUUAAGGGGUUUUCAUUUAAAAGAGCUUCAUCUCUCUAUCGAAGUCACAAAGCUUCUGCGUGUCAAGGUCGACGAGGCGAAGAGCACCGCCCAGCGCUCACCAAGUCAUGCUCCGUGACGCCGGGCUGGCAGCCGUGGAUGCCUAUCCUCCCACCUGGGGCUGCCAUCAUGGAUGCGGAAGACGACGACGACAGCGCUUUCAGCGCCGUGCCUACCUUUGCUUCACUCUCCUCCUCCCCCAACUCAUCCUCCACCUCCUCCUCCUCCAACUCCCUCUCCACCCUCGCUUCUUGCCCCACCGCGCCCUCCUGUGGACUGGGUAUCCUCACCGCAUCCGGGGAUGCGGCGUGCGGGCGUCGCCGGCACCGAUCGCAGCCCCAGUCUCACACAGCGUGCACUUUCCCCUUCAACUUGGAGGAUGACAGCAUCCGUACCACUGAUGUCUAGGUUGUGUUUUGUUAUUGGACGCGAAUGUGGGUGGUUAUGUAGUAUUCCUUGUAUAAAAGGUGACCUGCUAUUGGGGCCCCCCCUGCUGGUCAUAUGGAUGUGUUACAGCUAGGAUAUACAGUGUUGUAUUCUCAGAGAAAUGUUAAAAAAUAGGAUGAAGCCUUUUGUUGAUGUUAAUGUAUAUUGCGCAGCUUCUUCCGAAAACUUGAAAAACUUAAUUGUUCUUGCAGGGCUGCAAACGAUGGCACAUGCUUUUAACCCCUGGCACUUGUCUACAAUCAGACAAAAAAUAGCAUGCUAUAAAUACUCAGGCAUGUGACUUUUAUUGUUCAUAAUCUUUUCUUACAGUAUUCUUUCCGGAGAGACACAUGACACAAAUGUCUCACAGUAACCUUUAUUAACAUUCAACAAGCAUUUCCUGACCACAAGUGAAAGUGGAAAAACUCAAAUUGAGAAACAAGCUAAUUCAUAUUAACACCAUAUUAAAUAAUAUAGCAACACUAUAUGGUACUUGAUGAAGAAUAUACUGCUGACUAGCAGGUUGAAUGGUGUCUAAAUGUGGUUCAUGUUUUCCCCUGUAGCAUUAUAAAGGUUUAUAACGCUGCCACUUCAUGUAAUUUAUUAGCAAUUUUGCACUUCGUUUUUAUUCCUUUACCACUGCAUACGCUUCACCACUUUGAUAACUUCCUCUAAGGUGUCUAAAAUAGUUUGUAUUGGAAAAACACCGGUGCCUUCAACUCAUGCUUGAAUCCCUUAAUUUUCCUCCUUUUAUAUUAAAUCUUGUUUUUGUA